UUUCGCGGUUACGAGGUCUGCGUCGUCUUCAUCUUCUUGGCGCUGGCGACUUGAGACUUCUCUUCAGCGAGGGUGGGCCCCUAUUCCAAGGCUCCACUGAGUCGUGCUGCAUCGCUCACGUGCUGCACUAGGGCCCUUUGGGCCGUGAGCUCGCUGCUGGUGAGCCGACUCUCCCAUUGCUCCGCACUCGGGUGUUCGUGUUUGUGGAAUGCUUUGUUGCGUUCGCACUCCCAGGUGAUGUGGUAGAGUGUAGGUGUGGCACCGCACCAAGGGCAGGUGCCACGUCCAAAAAUUUACCCCGUAACUUCGCGCUCAGCAGCAGCACGCCAUAGCCAAUAAGACACCGCGCUUAAGUACGGCACACGUGACACGACAUGUGGGGAUAAUUAUAGGGACCAGACGCAAUCCGUCAGCCAUAAAUAUCUUGUCUACGCACCAGCGGGACACUAUAUAAGAGGCACGUAGAAGCAGAAGAAGAGGAAGCUCGUCAGGUUCACUGACACCAGCUAUGUCGUCCUCGCGAUCCUCCAAGUCUUCCAGGCAGUCGGUGAUCUCAGAGCCGGGUGAUGUGUUUGCCACCGCUGCUGGCGCUGCCAAAACGCCACCUGCGGCAGCGCCUGUGGCAGCGACUGCCGCUGGAACGUCUGGAGACCGGGAGAGGCGAAAGCGAAAACGCUCUAGCGCAGCGGCCUCCAGGCACCGCAGGGGACACCGAACCAAGGCUCAAGGCUCAACUGACAAAGCAACGCCCGCUGCAGCGCCCCCUGUCGAGCCGGCAAAUGUCACACCGGUGGUCGUGGUCGAAGACGAGUCGUCGGGGACGCAGCCGCCUGCGGCCACCGACACACAGCGUGGAACUUCGACCGCGGACUUUGGUGCGAGAGAUGCAGAAGCCGCGCCGGCACCUGUUUCGGAGACCUCGACGGCCUCUAUGAGCCAAAUGUCCCACCUGCGGGUUCCAGUACAGGGCGACACGCGCGUUCUGAAUGAACAGGCGGUGUCGGACCAGGACGGGGCCAAACUGACCCCCGAGGAUCCGCUGUCAGCAGCUCCGUCAGCGCCACCGUUGAGAAUGCCGUCUGUAGACGUGGACGAAGGCGUGUCAGAGGAGACUGCACCGUGGCCUCAAGCACAGACCCCGCCAUUGCCCAACGAGUCGCCUUUACCUGCGUUUCCAGCAGGACCACUACCAGUGGAACCAACGGUGCCCAUUCCAGCCGUAUCCGAGCCCUCCGAGGCUUCAAGCGCUCUAGCCGCGAAGCCCUCCAAGCCAACGGGCAUCCUCAAGACCCCCACCGCGGACCGACGCGCUUCGGGACAGGAGGUGGUUCCCGACAUGAUCGUGGUGCCGCUGACUUCGUGGGCCGGCACUCCGGAUGUGACGGCGGACCGGAAGUGCGCACUGCCUCCCGUGUCUGCAUCCACCUUUGCCGAAUGUUCUGCUUUCGUGGAGCGGUCCCGUACGCCCCAGCAGGAUACGUCGCUUGUUCGCCACCGGGGCAAAAAAACCCACUUCGGCGUUCCCUCUCUUAAGCCUGGUUUGGUCGGCUUCCGGCGAAUUCUUGCGUUCCUUCUGAACUUCGACAUGGCAACACUGCACUAUUGGACUAUACAGCAAGCUGACGUCGUCCGGUGGAGCUUCGUACGGGAACUACUGCUGCUUACCUGGUGCCAUAACGUUGUAUGAAUGCACAAAAAGCCCGCAACGAGAACUUAUAUAGCAUAAAAUAAACAUUUCCUCAUUUCACAAGGCGUCUUGCGUCUUUAUGAAAUUGCACGUGGCACAUAUUCGAUGGAGGCUUGUAAAGGUCGUUCGCAAUCAAUUUUAAUAAACGAUUUCGCACGAAGACUGCGCGCGGUUGAGCUACAGAAGCCACACAAAAAAAAAAAGGAAAGAGAAAGAAACCGAUCAGCGCAGCAGGCGUCACGCCUACCAGCUAGCGUUCAAAACCCGCGCGUCUAAAACCGAAACCGGAAGUGUGGUUCAGGUAUUAACGCCGACGGCUUGGUGCGCUGCAGUCAAUUCGGCCGCUGGGCUCCAUGGGAGUGGCCGCUCUUGUGCAAUUUCUUUCUCUAUGAUGAUAGUUGCGGUAUAUAUGGCGAAAGGGAGACGAGGGAUAAGGCUACAGGCAACGCGAAAGAACAGGGUGACACGACACGCAGAAAUGCUUGCGUGUCGUGUGAUGAGCGAAGCUGCUUAACCAAGUAGCCGUAUUUUCUGUCUUCUUGCACGAAACAAUGCCGUAUUGUGUCACGGUGUAAUUCGCGGUGAAGAGGCAGAAACAGUACGAGGAAAUGUGAAUGAAGAACUUUUUAUUGGGUGCAGUUGUGCCCGGAACGCUAAACACGUAUAUAUGGCAGCGAUGACAGCGAUAGCGGCGCGCACGAUCGGCGGUCGUCGAAUCUAACUACACUGGUCAACUGCCCUCGCAAUUUAUGCCGUAUAUACAUGAGUCGCCGUGCGUUCCAGAGCAACACUUGGUGCAUGAUAUUAGCGUAGCACGUGUAAACUGGCUAUACACGCCUGUCUCGAUGCCGAGUUGCGGACAACGUUCACGAGGUUUCUGGAGCAGCUAGCGCGUCGCAUGUCAGAACGAUGACCUGCUUACAGGGGUGAUUUCGUCAAAGUAAUCGCUGGCAAAAAAGUAAAACAACGCGUGCGGGGCAAUAUUUAUUAGAAUUUGGCCAAAUUACUCAAAUGCAGGUUACCUUUACACUGUGAGUGUGAUAGACUAAUGCGCUUUGCACGUGAUGUAAAUAAACAGGGCAUGUAUUGAUUGACGUGCCAUGUUGGUGCACUAACCUUCAUUUCAAUUCUUUCAUUCCCAUGACAAGCGCCGACUGAAACCACCUUCCCGCUUCCAUUGUUUGGACCGUCAAUGCCAGCGAGUAAAGAAAAAAAAAAAAACGUGUCAACAACUUGCUGUAAUCCUUUUAAGCUGCUAAAAUAUGCUUUUUUUUGUUUUGAUACCACCCAUUGCUCUCUGUAAUAUCUUGGCCCUGAGAGAAAACAGAUGAAAUUAAAUGACAAUGAACUUCAAUAUGUAUUAGGGCGGG